UGAGAAAUAUAUCCAAGACCAAGACUAGAAAUCAAUUCCAACUAACCAAAUUAAAAUUCAACAAUUCCACACCAUUACUUUUUUCGCUUCCAAAAGAACAGAGAGAGAGAGUCUACACCAUAAGAUUAGAUAUAAUCAUACAAACAAGAUGAAUGAAUGGUCAGCCUUCUUUGUUUCUGACAGUCUGAAAUAUGUUUUGCGUUCAGACAUUCAGCCAAUCACCCUCAAACAAAUAUCGCACAACAUUCUAGCUCAAGGGAGCAUCUCAAUUCUCAAGCACAAGCCAAAAGAUAAGUGGUGAAUUUUUAAGUAACAGAGGCUGGAGCAGAUACAGGUUUCCGCAAUGAGUUGUAAUCUUGUGUCCAACCCCUUCUUGUCCAGCUCCGCCAUUGGAGAAUCAAGAAAACCUCCAAAAAUUCCUUCUUGCGUGGGCCCAUCUGUUCGAAUUCGAUGCUCAUCUUCCGCUCCAGAAUACUCCAUCGCCACUGAGGUAUCUGGAAAGAACGCUUCACUGACUGGUGGGGCAUAUGAUUUUGGUAGAGCUACUACUUCACUUACUCAGAAAUUGCUGUCUUCUCCAAAGAAGGUAACUUUGGUUCGGCAUGGUUAUAGCACUUGGAAUAAAGAAGGUAGAGUUCAGGGCAGCUCAAACCUGUCAGUCCUAACUGAAGAAGGCAUCGAACAAGCCAUAAAAUGUCGGACAGCUCUAACCGAGAUGCAGUUCGACCAGUGUUUCUCAAGUCCAAUAUCUCGAGCCAAGUCUACUGCUGAAAUCUUAUGGCAAGGGAGGGAGCAGCCUUUGGUUUUUCUGGACUCGCUGCAGGAGGCUCAUCUGCAUUUUCUGGAAGGCCUGAGAAAUGUGGAUGCCAGGAAGCUAUAUCCCAAGGAGUAUGUGCAAUGGAGAGAAGAUCCCUCCAAUUUAUGCAUCAAUGGAGUUUAUCCACUAAAGACACUGUGGGAGAGAGCUCGUGAAGCUUGGUUGGAAAUCUUGCUUACACCGGGAGAAAGUUUCUUGGUUGUGACUCAUAAAUCAAUCCUGAGGGCAUUGAUCUGCACAGCUCUUGGGCUUGGGCCAGAGAGGUUUCGAGCAAUGGAUGUGAACAAUGGUGGAUUGUGCGUGUUUAGCUUUAACAAGAAUGGGGAAGCAAUGCUUAAAGCCUUGAAUAUGACUGCACAUAUGUACACCGAUCACGUCUACCAUUACUAGCUACCUUUAUACUGCUUUUUCUUUUCCUUUUAAAAGUGAACUUUGUAUUCAUUUUAAUAUAAAUUUAUAGAUGAAUAAUUAUUUAUAUA